AUGUCUGUUAUCUGGAGCAUUGGUGCCACGUGUGACGAGAACAGUCGUGAGCAAUUUAGCAACAUACUGCGUACCGUGGCUCAGCGUAACAACCAUGCUGAUUCGUUGCCAGCUGAAGGAAGUAUCUACGACUACUGCUUUGUCUACUCCGCCUCACCCGAGGAUGAGGUGGAGCCACGUUGGGUGCACUGGAAUGACCUCUGCGAGAGGUGUGACAUUGGGCGGAUGACAAAGUACGAAGACGUUAUGGUGCCUACAAUAGACAACACACGCCAGAAGUAUGUGCUGCGGCACCUGCUGAUGCAAAAAGCAAAUGUGGUGGCUGUUGGCCCGACUGGCACUGGCAAGACGGUCUCUGUGAGUGAUCUUGUACUUGGUGGGCUACCAGACCGCUUCCUUGGCCUAACCUUUACGUUUUCACCACAGACAAAGGCGGGCGUGCUGCAAAACUCUCUCAUGUCUAAAUUUGACAAGCGCCGUUCCCACGUGUAUGGUGCCCCCAUCGGUAAGCAUUUUCUCGUCUUUAUUGAUGAUGCGAAUUUGCCACAAAAGGAACGCUACGGCGCCCAGCCACCGUUAGAGCUGCUGCGUCAGUUGUUGGGUCAUGGUGGUUUCUACGGUUUCACAGGUGGCAUCCGAUGGAACGCUAUCAUUGACACAUCGUUUGUCAUGGCGAUGGGACCGCCAGGUGGAAGCCGCACACAAGUGUCAAACCGUCUCAUGCGUUACCUCAACUAUGUGUCGUUUCCCGAGAUGUCGGAGGUGUCAAAGCGGACCAUUUUGAACACGAUUCUCACAGGGGGUCUUCAUCAGCGUGGUGUGAAGGAGGAACUCAUUGAACUUUCCUCCAAACUCGUGGAAGGCACUCUACGGGUCUUUGGAAACUGCCGCAAAGCCUUUGUACCGACGCCAUCCCAUGUGCAUUAUUCGUUUAAUAUGCGUGAUGUGAUGCGGGUGUUCCCCAUGAUUUUUGCCAGUGACGCGAAGAGUGUGCCGAACGAGGAGGUGUUGGUGAAGCAAUGGAUGCAUGAGAUGCAGCGUGUGUUCUACGACCGGCUCAUCUGCUCAGAAGACCGUGAACAAUUUAUUGCCUUUCUCAAUGAGGAACUCGCAAUGUUGGGCUACGAGGGUGGGUACCACGCGUUGGUGCCGGAAGGUAGACUCAUCUUUGGGGACUUUAUGUCUGAUCAUGACCGAAGUUACAGUCAAAUUGAUGACAUAAAUGUUCUUGCUUCCUUCUUCAACGAACAACUAAACGCCUACAACGACGCCAAUGAGACCGUUAUGGAUCUUGUGCUCUUCCUUGAUGCCAUUGAGCACGUUUGUCGCAUCACCCGCGUACUGGGUUUGCCAAAUGGUCACUGUCUUCUACUGGGCAUUGGUGGUUCCGGCCGUAAGUCCCUGACCCGGCUCGCGUGUUUUCUCAUUCCCGACAUGGACGUCUUCACGAUUGAGUUUACAAAGAACUUUGGUGUAAAGGAGUGGCAUGAGUCGCUGGCGACAUUGUUGCUGGACUGCGGAAAGAACGAGAGAAAACGCACCUUUCUGUUUUCAGAUACCCAACUGGUUCACCCCACACUGAUGGAGGAUGUCGCCGGGCUCCUAACCUCAGGCGAUGUACCUAACCUAUUUGAAGACCAGGACAUUGAGCUCAUCAACAACAAAUUUAAGGGUGUGUGUAUGAGCGAGAAUCUGCCAACGACAAAGGUGUCGGUAUAUGCAAGGUUUAUUAAGGAGGUUCGAACGAACCUUCAUAUUGUCUUGGCAUUUUCACCUAUUGGUGAGGUGUUUCGCAGUCGAAUACGUAUGUUUCCUUCAUUAAUUACCUGCUGUACGAUUGACUGGUUUGCAGAGUGGCCUGGUGAAGCACUUCUCUCCGUGGCUAAUGCUCAGCUGUCCGUUGCAAACUUGGAUAUUCAGAAUGAGGAGAUGAAAAGUCUCGCUGAGUGCUUUAAAUCAAUGCACUUGUCUGCGUCGGAGACAACGGAGCGCUUUUUUGUGGAGACACACCGUCGUUCCUAUGUGACACCAACGUCCUACCUUUCCCUGCUCAACAAUUACACGGUUCUUGUGGAGAACAAACGACGAUUUGUACUGGAGCAGUGCAAUCGCCUGGAGAACGGACUAGAGAAGUUGUACGAUACGGAGGAGCGUGUCGUCGAGUUGGAGAGUCAACUGAAGGCGCAGCAGCCUGUUCUAGAGAGGAAAAAGACGGAAAUUCAGGAGAUUAUGGAACAGCUACGUGUGGAUCGCAAAGAUGCCGCGGAGAAGGAGGUAUCGGCGCGGCAGGAAGAGGCCGUUGCGACGGCAAAGGCAGAGGAGUGUUCCAAGAUGCGCCGGGAAUGUGCGGAUCGAUUGGCGGAGGCUGAACCCGCCCUACAGGAGGCGGUGAAGGUGCUAUCGAGGAUUAAGGCGGCUGAAAUUUCCGAGUUGAACAAGUACCAGAACCCACCCAAGGGUGUACAGUACGUGAUGGAGGCCGUCGCACUGCUGCUCACGUUUGGAAACUGCCCACGAGAAUUUUAUACGGGACCACCUGGAGCCAAGAAAACCCCAGAUUGGUGGCUGUGCGCCAAGUCGUACAUGAAGAAUGCGAAUCAGCUGCUGGACACGUUGGUACCGCCCCCUGAGAAGGGUGGCUUUGACCGCGAGGCGAUGGAUAUGCCACUUAUUGAGAAGGUGAGGGCGUAUUAUGAUAACGAAGAGUUCCUGCCGGAAAAGGUGAAGACGGUCUCCGUGCCAUGUAUGGCGAUGUGUCAAUGGGUGCGUGCAAUGUACAAGUGGUUUUUUGUGAAUCGUGAGAUUCAGCCCCUGCGUGAGAGACUUGCGGCGGCGGAAAGUGAAUUGCGACGUGUCAACGCAGCUCUCGCUAAUACACGCAUGAAACUGGAUGCUGUUGUUGAGGCUGUGGCGACGCUUGAGCGGGAGUUCACGGAGGCUGUAGAAACACAGAUGGAGCUUGAAAACGAGGUAGAGGAGAUAAGUCAGAAGCUGCAACGUGCUGCCCGGCUUAUUGACGGCCUUGGUGGCGAGAAGGUGCGAUGGAUGGAGCUCGUUGAACAAUACAGGGCACAGCGGGAGUGUAUAUCGGGGGAUAUGUUGGUGGCUGCAGCCUCAAUUGCGUACUGCGGCCCCCUCACCGGUCCCUACCGUCGACAUCUCCUUGAUGCAUGGGCUGGCAUCCUCGCCAGGGUCGGCAUCAAGACCAGUGAACACAUGGACCUCGUCGCCACCACUGGGGAUCCUGUGCGGAUACAGGAGUGGCAAGUGUGUGGGUUGCCAAAGGAUUCACUUUCUACGGAGAAUGCCAUCAUUCUCACAAAUGCACGGACGUGGCCGCUCUUAAUUGAUCCACAGGGGCAAGCGAAUGAGUGGAUUCGAAAUUGGCACAGGAACGACAACUUGCAGGUUUGUAAGGCCUCGGAGGAGAAGUUCAUGAAAAUUGUGGAAGGUGCCAUUCGUCUUGGCCUUCCGUGUUUACUGGAAAAUGUGGGAGAAUCUCUUGACCCAGCGUUGGAGCCGGUGCUGUUGCGUAAUGUCUUCCUUAUUGGCAGCACACCCCACAUUCGUGUCGGGGACUCCGCGAUCCCGUACGAUAGAAACUUUCGUUUUUACAUGACGACGAAGCUUCCAAAUCCCUCCUACACUCCAGAGACUAUUGUGAUGGUGUCUUUGUUGAACUUCUUUAUUACACGCAGCGGGUUGGAGGAUCAGCUGUUGGGCAAAACGGUGGAAAAGGAACGCAGUGAUUUGGAGCAGGAGAAACAAAAGCUGAUUCGGGACUCCGCGGAGAAGAGUCGGGAGCUUAAAGAGAUGCAGGAGAAAAUCUUGAGUAUGCUAGAAGAGGCGGAGGGUGACAUUCUCGACCAGGAGGACCUUAUCAUUGCAUUAGAAAAGAGUAAGCUCAAGUCCACGGAAAUUAAGGAUGAUCUUCGACGGGCGCGGGAGACGGAGAAGACGAUUGACGAAACUCGAGAUAAAUAUCGUCCCCACGCAUAUCGUGGCGCACUACUUUUUUUCUGCGUCUCGGAGCUUGCCAUGGUGGAUCCCAUGUAUCAAUUUUCCCUCCAGUGGUUCAUUAACCUGGUGCUGCUUGCGGUAGACAAAACGGAGCCGGCUGAAGACAUCGAGACACGUGUCAACAACCUAGUAGACUACUUUAUGUACUCCUUCUACACGAAUGUCUGCCGUUCCUUGUUUGAGCGUCACAAGUUGACGUUCUCCUUUUUUCUCUGCACCUCCAUCCUGCAGCAGGAGGGCAAACUUAACGGCGACGAGUAUCUUUACCUGCUAAAAGGGCCAACAAGCCGAGGAGGCACCGCGGCAAACCCUGCCCCAGAAUGGCUCACCGACAACUCCUGGAAUGAAAUUCAAUUUGUCAGUGACAGUCUCCCUGGUUUUGCAGGGUUUGCUCAACACGUGUCUGAAAAUUGUGAACACUAUAAGAUGCUGUUUGACAGCUCCUCGGCACAUACGUACCCCCUCGUGGGUGAAUGGAUUGAACGGGAGACGAAGCUGCGGCGUCUUAUCAUUACACGUUGCUUCCGGAAGGACAAACUUGCACCAGCUAUUCAGGAAUUUGUGAAGUUUUUCAUGGGGGAGCGGUUUAUUCUUGUUCCUCAGUUUGAUCUUAUGGAUGCAUACAAGGACAGUACAUGCCUGACACCACUUAUCUUUAUCAUUUCGCCAGGCUCGGACCCCAUGAAUGAUCUUCUGCGCUUUGCGGAACAAAUGCGGAUGUCGAAGAAGAUGGACAAGGUGUCACUCGGCCAGGGACAAGGACGCAAAGCGGAGGAGCUACUGAAUAACGGCCGAGAGCGUGGUCAGUGGGUGCUUCUGCAAAAUUGUCAUUUGGCAACCUCAUGGAUGCCAACCUUGGAGGCCAUUGUGGAAACCUUUACUCCUGAAACCGUGCGAAAGGAGUUUCGUCUCUGGCUGACGUCGAUGCCGUUGGAGUCGUUCCCUGUUUCUGUCCUGCAAAUCGCUGUGAAAAUGACUAAUGAACCGCCCAUGGGGCUGCGUGCAAAUGUGACACGAUCGUAUUACGGCCUCACCGACGAGGAUUUAGAUCACGCGAGCAAACCUGAUGAGUUUAAAAAGAUGGUUUUCGCACUUUGCCUCUUCCAUGGCGUGAUUCAGGAGCGUCGCAAGUUUGGCUCCUUGGGUUUUAACAUCGCCUACGAAUUCAAUGAUUCCGACCGUAACGUCUGCCUCCUGCAGCUUCGCAAGUUUAUGUCUCUCUACGACGAGGUUCCCUUUGACGUGCUAACCUUCCUUACAUGUGAGAUUAACUACGGUGGGCGUGUGACGGAUGACUGGGACAGACGCUGCAUGUUGGCUCUCGUAAAAACGUUUAUUAACCCCGAUGUGCUAAACGAUGGUUACGCUUUCUCGCCCUCCGGGUUGUACCGCACCAUUGAACCAUUUGACCGACACCACUACCUGAAUCUUUUCAGCACCUGGCCGCUGAAUCCGGACCCAGAGAUUUUUGGCUUACAUGACAAUGCUGACAUCACAUGUGCACAAAGCGAAAGUGCCAAUGUCCUUUCCACCAUCUUAUCUCUCGUCUCGCGUGAAGAGUCGGGAUCAUCACACAUGAGUCGCGAGGAGGUGCUAACACGGACGGCAAAGGGCAUCCAAGAGAAGCUGCCCCAGAUGUUUAACGUACAGGAUUUUUAUGCAAAGUAUCCUACACGGUACGAGGAGUCCAUGAAUACUGUUCUUGUUCAGGAGGCUGUGCGGUACAAUCGUCUUCUUCGUUUUGUUCGCACCAGUCUCGCGGAGUUUUCCAAGGCGGUGCGAGGUGAAGUCGUUAUGUCAGCAGAGCUUGAGGCAGUUGGGUCAAGCUUUUUCAUCAACGCCGUCCCCGCGUCAUGGGUUGCCUUGGCGUAUCCAUCCAUGAAGCCUCUCUCGAGUUGGGUUGACGAUUUGGUACAACGCGUGCAGUUUAUUCAGUCGUGGUACGACAAUGGCGUGCCAAAGGUUCUCUGGAUGGGCGGAUUCUUCUUCCCCCAGGCGUUUCUUACUGGCACACUGCAGAACUAUGCCCGUCGCACCAGCGUCGCCAUUGACUCCGUUUCCUUCGCCUUUGAGCUGCUAGAGGAGAAGGAUUUUUCCCAGGUGGAGGCGCGUGCGGAGGGGGCCAUUGUGUACGGACUUUACAUGGAGGGCGCGCGGUGGGACGCUGCGAUGCGCACCCUCGCAGAGUCGCGACCAAAGGAGCUGUACGUGGAGAUGCCGCUCAUUCACCUGGACCCGCGGGUCGACCACGUCAACGACCCUAAGGAUUAUGUGUGCCCAGUGUACAAGACGCUGACCCGCGCCGGCACGCUGAGCACCACUGGACACUCAACGAACUUUAUUUUGCCCAUUUGCAUUCCCACCGACCUCGAGCCGGAGCACUGGGUGAAGCGAGGCGUGGCGUGUGUGGUGUCUCUGAACUUCUAG